GUGGCCGAGGAGCUUGUCUUGACAGAUGUCCAGAAGGGCAGAAAUACUGAUGGAAAGCAACAUGCAGGUUCUGGCUGCGGAGAAGCCUCGGUGGGAUGUGGGGAGGCAGCCGUCAGGCAAGAUUCUCUCACUGGACAGGCAAGGGGCCAAGAAAGUGCUGGAGAUCUACGUCAGGCGCUCGCUAAGCUGUUGUGAAAACUCGCUGGUGGCCAAGAAGACACUUCAGGAAGGAGCCAGAAGGCGAGGGAGGAAGGCAGAUGGGCUGCAACGGUCGAAAAGUGACUUCAGCAAGUAUUCCUGUGCCAAACUCAGCCCCAGGAAGGACCAGGAGGAGGAACCCAAAGCACAGGACCCGGACAAAGCUCUGGAUGAUGAGAGCAAAGCCCCCAAGGAGGUCUCUAAAGAAGAGUUGGAACCCAAGAGGAAGAGCACAAAAAACUCUUCCCAGGGCAAAACCCAACGCACCUGGUUCAAAAGUUUCUUAAAUUUCCUUUUCAAGAAGAGCCCUGAGGAGCAGAAGGAAAAUGCAGGGCAAAAAGCAAAGGAAAAAGAUGCCAAAGCUCCUCACAGCUCUAAACCAGAAGGGGGUAAAAGAUCCGGAGGGGAUUUGAGCACAUCCCCGCCGCUGGGCAGAGCCCCGAAGAGGAGGUCCAGCCUCAAGAGGGUUUUCUCCUUCAAGAAGCACGUGGAGGAGGAGCGGGGAGAGGCGGCAGCUGGGGCAAGGGCCAAGCGACCCAGCUGCCUCCCACUGCAGCACGUCCAGGCGCCGACCACAGCAGCAGAUGCGGAGCAGCCUGACGGUUACUACGCACGAGUCUCGGAAGAGAUCGGGCUGAUCGUGCAGGGCAGUGAGAGCCAGGGGAGCAGAGCACGUGGAUGCGGGGAGCCGCCACGGCCGGCCAGCGCUGAUGGGGUCGAUGAAGCCAUCAGGAGAAUCGUUGCCCUGCUCCAGACUGCAGGAGAUGAGCUGGACAGGCAGGUGAAGGAAGAUGUACGGCUACGGAUGUUCUUCAGAGACAUGUCCUACAGCUCCUUCAAGAACUUGGCUGAUGCAUACGUCCACAAGGAAAUGACGGCCAGUAGACCCGACGUCAACCCCCAAGAGAUCCAGUUUGCCUUCGCAGUGCACCUCACCGCCAAGGUGGCUGGUAUCUGCAACCAGGCGGUGAACAGGAUCAUGGGCUUUGGCACCCGCUACCUGGAAGAUUCGUUUGCACCUUUGUCCUACAGCAAAAUUCUCCAGCAGGACAAAGAAAAGUUCAGCACAGACAACUGUGAGAGCCCGGACUGACGUCAGCUGCUCUGAAGGGCCUGGGAGGCCAAGGAUGCAGAUUUACUGAUGGGGGGGGGGGUCCCUGUUGGUGACCCAGUUGUGAGGUGAUUUUCUGAGCUGUGGAUUUAAAGUCUUCUAAGGAAAGCCACAGUGAUAGCCACAACAGCAUGGAAUGCUGAAAACCCACCUGGCUGGGGGGGCAAAGAGCCUGUAAAUCAAGCAACACCCAGAUUUCACCUUGUAUUUGCAUUUCAGCCCUCACCAAGUGCAUGCGUUGAACCUCAUUGUUUGUGUUUGUGUAUGUGUAUUUAUUUACCUGCUUUUCUAUAUGUAUCUGUGAAUGUACAAAAUAAUUUUUGUAGCUUCUGCUGUUAGCCAAGUGUCCAGUUCAGGAAAAAAAAAACCAAACUCAAACUCAAAUAAAUUGGUCCCUAAAUGA